AUGAAGUUGCUCGUGUUUAUGACAGCCGUCGUGUUAGCUGCGGCCACCAGUCGUACAGAUGACGGGCCACGCGUCUUCUGUGGCAGGGCCCUGGCUGAGGCAAGGGUCCUUUACUGCUUUGGAAGCAAAAUAACUGAUCAUUUGAAGAGAGUUGAGAAACAUGAUCUGCAAACAUCGAAGUUCUACUCUUGGCCGUGGAUGGCUGUUCGUUUCUACUCUCUGAGAAAACGCAUCCCUGGUCUUGUGGAUGAAUGCUGCCUGAAGCCGUGUUACGUCAGUCAGCUGCUUAGCUACUGUUGA